AUGCAUAGGCUUCCCACAGCACCAGUAGCCCAAUUGCAACCAGCAAAGCCUGCACAGAAACAAUCCACUCCCAACAGCAUUCCAAACAAGAACAUACCGCUGAAAGCACGUAAAGAUUUCAUUCCGUACCACUUUGAAUGGUGUACUGACCGAAACACUGCAUUUGCCUUUGAAGGUUUGGUGAGAUACGAAGACACAAAUCGAUUGCUGAAUGUCUCUCUGCACCCUGCCUUUGAUGAAGUGGGUGGCAUGGUGCGACAAGUACAAGCGGAUGUCAAAUUGGAAUGGAUUGGUAUGUGUGCUGAUGUCGUCGAGGCAGUCACACAACAGGCUCUGGAUGGGAAUCUGCAAGGAUUUGUUCCCGUGGAACACAACCCGUGGAAGCCAGCCGCAGUAAACCAGACCAAGGGGGGUUACUAUGAAACUGUCGCCCCCAAGGUUCCUGUCCCCAACAAAGUCAUGCAAACACUUUGGAAGGCAGUGGAGAUGGGUCACUUCUGA